AUGCCUUUCAACAAUAAAUUAAUUAUGGAAGCACCAGUGCUUCAUCCCACUGAAAAAGAGUUCAGUAGUCCCAUAAAGUAUUUGUCUGAUCCGAAGAUUGUACAGCUUGGAGAGAGAUAUGGAAUAGUAAAAGUUGUGCCACCAGAUGGAUGGAAACCAAGGUUUGCGUUAGAUUGGAACACCUUCAAAUUUCAUACUAGAAUACAGUAUUUACACGAGUUGAAUUUGCGAAACAGAUCGAGAGCAUGCUUUGUCGAAGGGUUCAACUGUUAUCUCUUGAGUAAAGGGCUAGAGCCUUUGCCAAUAGUUGAAGAUUUAUGCUCGGGAGUAUCUAAUGAGUACAAACUAACCAAACGGGAACUAAGAGACCACUUGAAUGGAUGGUUUGAGCUGAGGGAUGGAAGACAAGUUCAUAUUCACGACAUCUUUAUUGGAGGAGAAAUCAGAAAAUGGUUCUAUAAAAUUCAUGAUGAUGAUAGAUACUUGAUGAAAAAGCUCUCAUCAUAUUCAAAAUAUGUUACGCAGGUCUUGAAACUUGAGAAUAGCAAGGAAGCGGAGGAAGAUGAUGCAAACACAAAUCUAGUGAUACCACCAGAAACUUCGCAUUCGACGUUGAAGAGAUUACUGAAAACACCGGCAGCUUUAUUGGUACACCCCACUAUCCAGAAGCAAUUACGAAUACUAAAGUCGCAAUAUGGUUCAUCAUGUAAAAGAAGGAAAAUGAGAAUGAGGGAUCAGACAAGGGAAUGCCGUAAUUUUGAUAAAUCGAUGCCAACUCCGCCAUCUGAAAUUCUUCUUGAUGAUCAUUCGAAAGGAGAUAAUACUGGAAGAUGGGAAAACACUAAAACAGCUGGUUCACCAACAGGGGAAAAAGUAUAUGGUUGUUUUAAUGUUAUCUCUCCUGAAAUAUUGGAUGAAGUUUGCGUGACGUGUUUGAGUUCUCGAUCGCCUGAAACCACUCUAAUUUGUGACGGAUGCUCAAGAUCAUUCCAUAUGAAAUGCUUGCCUGUACCCUUGGAAAAAGUUCCAAAGUAUGAUUGGUUUUGUGACGAGUGUAUUCUUGGUAGUACAAGCGUCUAUGCAGAAUACGGAUUUGAGGAAGAGUUUGACAAUAAGUUCAGUUUAAACGAAUUUCAGAAAUACUGUGAGGAUUGGGAAAUCAGUAUGAUAGAUUCCAUCAAAUCUGGCCAACUAGGUACUAGUAUAGAACUUACAGAGGAAGAAAAGAGCGGGAAGAAACUAUCAGAAAAGAACCUAGAAAGACUUUUUUGGAAAAUAACCAAUGGUGAAGUCACACUUCCUGAUGAGAACGGGAAAUUCAAGAUUAGAUACGGUGCAGAUAUUAGUAGCUCUAACCCAGGUGAAGUUUCUGCGUUCCCAACCAGUGAUGAUCCAGCUUCAACAAGGGAGGAUGAGAAAUAUAUAAAAAGCGAAUGGAAUCUAACCAAUUUACCCUUUGCUAAGGGGAGCUUGUUAGGCUAUAUUUGCAAUUCACUAACGUCUAGAGAUGCUCACGGUAAAAAUGAUGGUAGUGAUGGCAAUUUUGAACAAAUAUCCGGCAUGUCUGUUCCUUGGCUUUACAUUGGAGGGCCUCUAUCAACAUUUUGUUGGCACAAGGAAGACCAUUACACACUUUCAGCCAAUUAUUCACAUUUGGGCGCACCUAAGAAAUGGUAUGGUAUACCGGCAGGGUAUGCUGAGAAGUUUGAAAUGUUCAUCAACGAUAUUGCCCCAGAAUUGGAAGCCAAACAAAGAGAUCUUAUGCAUCAGUUAGUUAGUAUGAUAUCACCGGAUGAAAUUGAUGAAGGUGUUAUCCCAAUCUAUGAGACGGUCCAACGACCGGGAGAAUUUAUUGUUACGUUUCCCAAGGUAUAUCAUUCUGGUUUUAAUUACGGAUUUAACGUUAAUGAAGCAGUGAAUUUUACAUUACCACUAUGGGUGAACUAUAGUUUAUGUGCAGUUAAAGAGUAUGAGAAAGUAGGAAAAGAAUGUGUCUUUGAUACCUUCAACGUGUUGAAGAGAAUCUAUUUUGAUUUGCAAAAUGAACAGGGGAAGAAAAAAUGGAUGGAUGAAACAGGCAUAAACAUCAAUGAGGUGCAUAAGUUAAGUGAGUGGAUUUAUAAGGAAUAUAACCAGGAGAUUGAAAAAUUUAAGAGUUACUAUUUGGGAAAUGCCGAACUGCGAAGGAUACUGGGCGGAAUCAAGUUGAUCAAGGUGGAAGAAUAUUUGAAUAGUAUGGAGGAUGUGAUUAAAGAUCGGAACGUUGAAUUUGAUGUGGAUGAUAAACUGUGUGUGGAUUGUAAAACUCGGGUUCAUUUUCAAUGGAUUAUAGUUGAUUUAUACCAAGACCAUAUGAGUGACAUUGGUGAAGUGAAAGAGGAAAAUAUGCCGCAAGAGGGAGAUACCGCAAAUUUUAAAGGUUACGAGAAUGAGUGGAAGGAAAUUAUAGAAAAGGCCAAGAAUGCAAACGAGGAGGAAAAAGGGGAAAGACGGACAAGAAGGCGGUCCUUAAGAAAGAGGAGACUCGAUCACGGGAAUGAUGCCAUUGGGAUUACAUCUGUCCCCCCAGAGGAGAAGGAGAAACGGGACAUUUGUUCCAGCGUGGAAUUACUGCGCAAGGAGAACUGUUUAUUUGGGAAGUGUGUCCUUUGUAUUGGAUGUUUCAGCAAGGAGAUUGGCCGUCUUACGGAGGACGAGCUUGCCCGUGUGCUGAAGGUGUCCCUCCUUGUCGAGGAGAAUGUGUAA